UCCAAAGAGCAGCAACAAACGAGUUCCCUGUGAGUCGCUGAUUGAUGACGUCAUGACGCAUUGUUUCGUAAAAAGCUCCGACUCCCGUGGCUAACAGGCUAAGCUAGGCUAACUAAACGAGUGUGGACGGACUCUUAGAGAUUUUCUACAAAAAUGACGUACAGGAGGGAAAGAAGCAUACGAGAUGUGUACGAUGAACGCUUUUUACCAGAAAGACCAGGUCCGUAUCCCCGAGCAGCAGGUGGGGUAGAGAGAAGAGGUCCUUUUGGCAGGCCAGAGGACGACUACGGUAGUCGCGGCGGGUACGAUUAUGAAGGAGGGCCUCGUUUUUACCCGAAUGGAGGGGGCCCCAGGGGUUAUCAUGAAGAUCAGAGGGGCUACCAAGGAGAUGCCCCACAUUUCCCAGCAGAACGGCGAGGCGUUCCUCCAUCCAGGAGGGAGGAGUAUCCUUACAGAGGACCGAGAGAGGACCCCCACGCAGGACGGCCCAUGGAGUUUAGCGCUCGUGCACCUCCACCUCAUAGUGUUCGAAACCAGGGCAUCUAUCCAGCCCCCAGGUCGCUCCCUGAAAGCGGGGAAGACACGUUAGUGCAGGCCAUCCGCAACCUCGACCGAGGGGAGGACAGGGACCCCUACAGGAGGAAGGCUGCACUGUUCCCUCCCAUCAGAGAGCGCUCCCCCACCCGCCGGGAUGCGGCCCGCUCCCCCCACAGUCGCUCGGGCUCCAGCGUGAGCAGCAGAGGAUACUCCCCCGACAGAGCCAAGAGUCUGCCGUUCCCCUCACAGCAAACCAAGAGCGUGGACGGUCCAGAAGGUCAUGCCAGUCUCUCUGAACACCUCUGGGGGGCGAUGUUUCCUCAGCAGAGUGGACAUGACACUUUGGACAAAAUCCCCGGCCUGUCCCGAGAAGGAUCCCCAAACAGCACAACGUUAACCAAGGAGGACUCCCAUCCCCCUCCUGACGUGGAAAAAGAGGAGCCGGCCGUGACUUCGGUUGUCGAGGAGACCAAGUCCACGGACAACUUUCAGGAGAGGCGGGCCUCGGCCAUCUCCGCCAGAGCUCAGGAGAUCGAGAAGGUGUACCGCAAAGACUGCGAGACAUUCGGGAUGGUGGUGAAGAUGCUGGUUGCCAAAGACCCCAACUUGGAGAAACAGCUGCAGGUGCCCCUCAGGGAGAACCUCGGGGAGAUCCGCGAGCGCUGCCUUGAGGACCUCAAACACUUCAUCAACAAGCUGGACCAAGCGGUGUUGCAUUCAGAGCCCCCCAUGUGCGACUCCACAGCCCCCUCCACGUCAGCGGCGCCCCAUAAACUCUCAAAAACUGGAAUCAAUCACGGCUCGUCUUACUGAGGAUUUCCAGGUUGCUGGACUAAACCAUCUCCAUGGCAACCCCGACAGAAAAGAACAGUAUUAUUUUUGAACUUUUUUUUUUUUUCUUUUUUAACAGUUGUGUCUUUUCUGUUGGAAUUUAAAUCUCAAUUUUUCUGUUGAAUUUUGCUACAAGAAAUAUUUAAUAAUGUUUUGACGGUGAGUUCACUAUUUAAACUUGAUUUUUGAGUGACAAAAAGCAAACGAUUCUCAAGCAUGAUAACACUUUUGUACAGUUCUUUUCAAUAUUGUCAUACUUUGUAGCAGUCAGAUGUGUUUUGAGCUGCUAAUUUUUGCAACACGUGUAUGUUAGCAAAAAAAAAAAAACGUACAUAAAUUUAUACUGUACAUAAAA